UGUGCAUGCUGGAUAAGAAGCCUGCAGUACAAAGCCCAUUUUAUAAUGAGUUUCAACAUUGUCACUGGUUUCCUUUCAAAAGAAUACCACUGCAUUUUAUCUCUGUUUACAAACAGUACAACAACAGGGGUGUGGAAAUCAAAAUUGAAACAUGUUGUAUUGUUAUUGGGAGCAUGUGUUUGGACAUAGGUCAGAGAAGGCGGAGGCGGAGCAGGUUGUUGGUUUUACAAUGGAAAGUUAACUUCACUGUACAGGAAGUGGCUGAAUCGGGGAGGGGAGAAAACUGCCUACGUGACUCACUGACUGGACCUGACAGGCAGACAACAAGCAGAGCAGAAAGGGGAAGAAAGUCCUGAAACAUUUAGCUUCACUCUUGUUUGAUAUUUUGCAGCAACAGCUGUAGAUCUAGGAACUGGCGUCACUAAAUAGAUUAUUGCUCGCAAUGCAAUGGCAACUGCUUUGAAGAUAUUGUUUUGUUUUGUGCCAUAAAUCUACCUGCACAGUGAAUUGCGCUGUACCUUAACCUUAAGAAAGUGAAGUGGAGGAGCUCUGGCUCAACUGCGUUUUUUGUCUUAAUUUUGGAGAGGUAGGUGAAUCCCACUCUGGGGCCUUUUGAUGUGGAUGACUUCAAGGUGGUGUUGUUAUUCUUGCUGCAGUGGCACCCCUGCUGCACAAGUGCAGAGGAAAUGGCGGACUGUUGCUGAGGUCAUGGACAAAUUCCUCUCUCUGUGUUCUCUGUCUACAUCAGUAGGUGUUAUGGAUCGACAGUAUUUCCUGAGCUGGAAGGUUGCCCUGCUGCUUCUCCACUUGAUGCCAUGUGGGCUCCAGUGUAUGUCAGUGCACAUCCUCAAUAAGGAGCCUGUGCAUGUAAUGCCAGACUCUAGUCUGGUUCUGAAAGCUCAGAUCGAGCAGGGACCCCUGGAAGAGGUCUCUGUGGUAACCUGGGAGUGGGAGCCCGAAACUGGAAUCUCCCCCGAGAGAGUGACACUGGCCACGUGCCCUGGCAGAAGCCUCAAGUGUGCUGGUAUGAGGCCAAAUGUCCAUGUGAACGUGGAGCAGCAGGAGACAACACUUCAAAUUAAUGGAUACAGCGGAGUGGACGACGCCGUGUACACUGUGACUGUGACGGAUCACAAAGGUGCCAAGACCAGUGCACAAUGCAUCGUCAGGAAAUAUGAGGCAGUGCACCACGUCUCAGUCAGCAUCAACGUGUCCCACUCCUCGCUGGUUUGUGGCGAGGCCUGGGGGACAGACCCCCACUUCAACUGGCUCCAUGAGAGAGUCGCCAUCACGGAGACUGUGGGAAGAGUCUCCAAAGAUGGAACGACAUUGUUUGUGACCAAGACUCCUAUCUGUGGCCACUUCACCUGCAUGGUCAGCAACAAGCUGGGUCACAGUUCGGCCACCUACACUGCAGCACCUUGUGAGACAGAGGGCAGAGGGACAACAGCGGCUGUAGUGUGUUCCCUCCUCCUGCUGCUGUUUGGAGGAGUGCUGGCAUAUCUGCUGUGGAGGCGACGCAGGUAUAGUAACAGAGGAGAGAGGCUGCACGAUCAUUUGGAUGACACCAUCUAAACGGAAAAAAAGGCCCAAGAUACACUUAUGUUACUCAGAGAGGAGAACAGGAAAUUGACUGGACUUGUGAGGCUGGAACUUCCUGUCCUGUGAGCAGUAUGACCUUACACUGCAUUGGAACAAUGUGGCCAGUGAACUGCUCGCUGGCAAAUAAAAAAUAUCUAAAAAUUGAUAUUCAGCUUGAAGUGCCAGCAAUGUCUUUACACUGCCUCCUGCUGGGCUGCACCUGACACUGUGUAUUUAAUAAAGUAAUUAUCUUGUAUCAGCUGUGCAUUGUAUAGCAAUGUACCGUCAAAUGUUGCCUUCAUAAUAAAAUCCCUUCAAAGAA